AAACACUUCCGAUCUGCUAAGCCCCACCUCCUUUCGCAAGAACUGUUUCCUGCUGCCGUCCUGCGUCUGUUCCACAGUCUAUGGUCUGCUCUCUCGUUUUAACAGAUGUUUUUCCCCAACACAGGAGAUUAUGCAGCCUGUCUUAAUGAUCCGCUAAUCAAACAAUGAAGAGGACACGACGCGCUCCACUCUGCCAUUGCGUCGCUAAACGUGAGGACGUCACAAUAAAACUCGUGCGUUUCCAAUAAACAACAACUUGGCUUGACAACCGGAGUCGCCUCGAACGGUGACAGGUGAGCCUUUUCAGGUGGCACACUUUCAGGUUUUAAAGUUGUGUUUCUUUCUUCGUGAUGGCUGGGGGCAUUACAGAAACAGGGGAGCCUUACUCUCCAUUUGUUGGCCUGGUGUACAUGUUCAAUCUAAUUGUUGGCACUGGUGCCCUGACCAUGCCCAAGGCCUUUGCAGCAGCUGGUUGGGUUGUCAGCAUCUCCCUCAUCACAUUUUUGGCUUUUAUGAGUUUCAUGACCACCACGUUUGUUAUUGAAGCCAUGGCUGCUGCCAAUGCCCAGCUGCGCUGGAAGAGGAGGGAACAGGAAGAGAUGAAUGACAGUGACUCCAGCUCGGACUAUUCGGAUGAUGAGGCUGUUAUCCGGGGAAGUUCAGAACCCGUCGAGACGCGUCCCAUUCUCUCUGUCAAGCGUGCCGCGAAUAUAGACCACUUUGACAUUGUCGAGAGAGUCGAGAUGGGACAAAUGGCCUCCAUGUUUUUUAAUAAAGUUGGCGUCAACAUGUUCUACAUCUGUCUCAUCGUGUACCUGUAUGGAGACCUGGCCAUUUAUGCUGCUGCUGUACCGGUGUCAUUGAUGGAGGUUGCAUGUGGGAAUCACUCGUGCAGUGCUGGGAGUGUGAAAUACAACGACACCGAUUCCUGCUGGGGCCCUGUAAGUCGCAAGGACGCCUACAGAGUGUUUCUGGCUACCUUCACACUGUUGUUGGGGCCCUUCACCUUUUUCAAUGCACAGAAGACCAAAUACCUCCAGAUCCUUACCUCUCUAAUGAGAUGGAUUGCGUUCACCAUGAUGAUCAUCCUGGCUUUGAUUCGUAUUGGCAAGGGACACGGUGAGGGCCACCCAUCUGUAGCUCAGAUCUCAGGUGUGCCUAACCUCUUCGGGGUCUGCGUCUACUCAUUCAUGUGCCAGCACUCGCUACCCUCGCUCGUGACGCCCAUCUCCAACAAGCAGCGCAUGAGCGCCCUGGUCAUGGGCGACUACAUCCUCAUCCUGUGCUUCUACAGCCUGCUGUCCCUCACGGCCAUAUUCUGCUUCGACAGUUCUCUGCUGCGGGACAUGUACACUUUAAACUUCACGGAUAACUGCGACGUCCUGAGCAUUCCAGUGUUGCGUUACUUCCUGGGCCUCUUUCCCGUUUUCACCAUUAGCACCAACUUUCCCAUAAUAGCCGUCACGCUUCGUAACAACUGGAAGACUCUCUUCCAUCGGGAUGGCGGCACGUACCCUUGGGUGGUGGACCGUAUCGUCUUCCCGCUCAUUACCCUAGUGCCGCCCAUUAUUGUGGCCUUCUGUACUCACGAUCUGGAGUCGCUUGUGGGUAUCACUGGGGCAUAUGCCGGAACGGGCAUUCAGUAUAUCAUCCCGGCCUUCCUAGUAUUUUUUAGUCGUCGUCAUCUAGAGCCUGUGUUGGGAAGGGAUGUUGUAAAUAAGCACCGGUCGCCUUUCCAUCACCAGUUCUGGAUUUGGUUUGUGAUAUUGUGGGCAACGUUCUGUCUAAUAUUCGUGACCGCUAAUAUAGUCCUUAACGAAACUAAGAAGUGAGUAUAAAAGCAGAUUUGUUUUGUCAAGCUGUAUUUUUAUUUUCUUUUUUAAAAGGGGUGUUUGUUCGGUUAAAUGUUAAAAGAAUGGCGUCAGCUGAAGUUGAGUUCAGUCUAAUUUAAUCCAGUGUCUAAAAGGGACCAGAAGACAUUUUGGCAUUACUUUAGUUGGACUAAUGUGAAACUUUUUUCACAAAUCCACAUUCAUCCUUUAGUGAAUGUUCUGUAAGGCAGGAUACAAUUAAAUUCAAGUUCAAAAUUAAGUUUCUACAAUAUUUAGUAGUAGCUUAUCAGUGGCGACUGUCAGUUUAUGUACAACAGAAGCAUUAUUUAAAAUCCAUAUAUGUGACCCAUGCUGGCAAAAGGAGUCACAAUGAGCACAUUUUCAAAAAUUCUCUUUUAAAAAAUCUGGUUAAAGUUUUCUGAAGGUUCCAAAAUGAGAUCGCCUAGCAACCAUAGAUUCAGAAUCUCUAGUAAUAGUAGAUUAAAAAUCACUGCAUAGUGUUGAGUGUAUUCAUUACAAAUAAAGAAGUUCAAUCAAAAGCAGCGAAUGAUUCCCUCUUUUCUUGAAUUGUUUGAUUAAUAUUAAUGAGGCCUAUAUAUUAAACCCUUUUCAUGGUUUAUCAUUCUUAAUAACAUUCACCAAGUCCCACCCUUUAUAUUCUCAUUCUUGCAUGUUCCUUUCAAAUGGAAACCAAAAGUGCUUUGUCAGACUCGAGUGCUCUGCUUUCGGAUAGACAAACAGAACUUUUUAAAGCUUAGAAGGUACUAAUAAAGAUCAUUUUAGAUGUUUAAUUACUAUUUGGAGCAUUGGGAUCAUUAUAGGAGGCCUUAAUGAACCCAUUUUUGUGAAAAAAUUCUAAUUUGACCAAAAUGGUUUUCUUCACUUGUUUUGUAUGUAGCUUGUAAUUAACUGUAUGCAUUCCGACUAAUUUUGCCAGCACGGGUCACAUAUGAUUUGCACAUUUAAAAUGUCACUACAUUUGUUUGUUCUUGAGGUAUUUCUUUAUUUUCCUCUUCAGUCAGGUGAAUCUAAUUAAAACAUUACUAGACUGCGUUUCACUACAAAAGCAAAAUAAAUAAAUAAAUAUAUAUAUAUAUAUAUAUAUAUAUAUAUAUAUAUAUAUAUAUAUAUAUAUAUAUAUAUAUAUAUAUAUCAUAUGCAUAAGAAUGAAAAUGUCUUUGCAUAUAUGAUGUUAUUUACAAAAUUAUUUAGCACAUUUACCCCAAAUUCUGUUCUGAAUAAUGAUUCUAAUUUUUGUAAAAAAAUAAAUAAAUAAAAUAAAAUACUAUAAUACAGUGAUAGGGAUUUAAAAAAUGUAAUUGGCUUCAUAAAUUAAAUGCAAAAGAAAUACAACAUUGAAAAUAAUAAUUUUACCUUGCAACGUUCUUAAGUGUUUAAACUAAAUUAAAUUCCUUAAUUAAAAUCUUUUAGAUAUUGGGGUGAAAUGUGGCCUUUUACAGGUUCUUGACAGAUUUGGUAUCACCCUCUGAUUUUGCUGAUCUUCAGAAGAACCAACAAGCUGUCUUUGUUCUAUUGGCCUGAAAAAUUCACACCAAAAAUAGUCUGAAAAACAGACUGACAAUAAACGUUCCUUGUUUUCGUUUUCCAAGAUUGUUAGCGUUUCACGGCUGGCAUUUCCAGCGUUCCUAACCGGCAGCUGGCACCUGGCUGCGUCUCCUGCGCUGACGGAUGGUGACACCAGCACAACGCUUGUCUGAAUAAUGUGCCCAGACCUGGAGUUCAAUCUUGGUUCAUCAGCAGAUUGAUAGAAGCAUUGAAAGCUUCCAUAUGUUCUCCAUGUACUGACGUCUUAGCCGAAGCUCUCAGCUUCUCAAACGGGCCCCUAGGGAAGCAGGAAGGGAAGACAAACCAGAUAUUAAAUGGACACGUCUGCCUCAUGAUUUACAGAGACUGAUAUCUAUCAUGAUCAAUGUGUGCACAUUCACAUGGUUAUUAAUGUUAAUGUCACUUUAGUUCUGACCAAAUUGUCUUGAGUUUGGCAUUAAUUCAAACCAAAUGUAUGGCAGCUGAUUCCCACCCUGCCUUUCUUUUUUUGCACAUUUAUUGUUCACUUUUGCUCCUAAAAGGGAUAAUUUACAUUCACUCAUCAGUUAUUCACUUUCUUAUCAUUCCAAAUAGUUUGGACUUUCUUCUCUGAAUCACAUUUUGAAGAAUGUUUCAACUCUUUUUGGAAUGAAAUGCAGUGGGGUCCAGUGUUAUUUUGGACCCAAUUGACUUUCAUUAUAUGGCUACAAAGAGUAAAAUUAAAGUCAGUUGGGUCCAAAUUAACAUUGGAGUGUAAGUAAACGAUGACAGUAUGAUUUUAGUUGAACUAUUCCUAUAAUGUCUCUAGUGUCUUUUAUUUGUGUGUUUUUGCUCCGUCCCCCUUGUGUCCUCCUCAGGUUUUGAAUGGCAACAUGAAUCUGUCCCAGACAUAAGUUCGACAGGUUUCUCUUUUUUUUUUUUUUUCAGUGUGGUUUGCCAGCGGUUGAUUGCUUUAAUCUGUGAUGUGUUCUAUUCUGUAAAGUGAUCGCUGCUCUCUGUGAGAGCGCCGUAUCUGAACCUGCGCUUGAGUUUACACUGUUUCUUCUGUAGGUUUGGGUUCAAACUGCAAACUGGAAAUAUGUCUGUAGGAUCUUGUUUGUGGACAGCAUGGAUGUCUCCUUAUUCAGUUUUUUGUCUGAUGUGCUCCACAAACAAACUGUAAGAACUGAAGUAUAGGUACAGUAUUAGCAUUCGUGUCUCCCUGAAUCACAGAAGCAAGUCAUUUCACAUGAGCGAAGUGUUAUAUUGUUACCAAAUGCUCAUGUAAUAUGUUCAUGUCUGUUUUGAGCUAAACCAAUGUGCCUUCUUUCCAGGAAUCUUCCUGUUUUCACAUUAAUAACAAUAUUGCUCUCUCUUUCUCGCUCUCAAAUGUCAUUAUUUUUGUUGAAAUGUAUGAUCUGCGCAGCUUGUCACUUGCAUGUAAGUCACUUCAAAUACUUGACAAUCACAUCCACCGACAUCUCGGUAAAAUAAAAAUGGAAAUGCUCUUUUUGAUCAUU